UCCUAAAUUUUGCUAAAAAAUCACAAUUAUAUAAAAUGGAUACAGAUGACCUAACAUUAGAGGAAAAAUGCGAAAAUCUUAUGAAUGUCGUUGUUGAAUCUCGUAAAAGAUUUGGUAAAAUGUGCGUGGAAUAUGAACAAAAAAGUUCGAUAAUGGAAAACAAAAUACUCAAUUUGCAAUUGGAAUCUUUAUCAAAAGCAAGAUUUAAGUCAAAACAUCCGGUUCCCGACAUAGAUGUGGAUAGUAUGAAGAAAGAAGUCGAUGAUUUCAUCAGCGGCAUUCAAGAACGACAACAGAGAAUUGAAAAAUUGAACAAAAGUUUGAGGAACACAGAGCAAAUUGUUUUACAACUUAAGGAAGAUAAAAUCGGCAGGAAACUUAGGCAACCACUAACUGCGGAGGAUAGGAUAACUACUAAAAGUCAUAAAUCAAAAUAAUAUUUUAACAUGUUAGUUAUUGUGCAUUCUCAGUGAACAAAUAGCAUACCCUAACGCUAUCAAGGAUCAUGUCUUGCUGGUAUGUACUUUUGUAUACUAUAUUAUAAUUAUCUGAAGUUAUAUUCUAGUAGAUAUAAGAAAUAUAAUAGUGCAUAUGAUGUCAUAAAGAAUAAACUAAAUUAUGAGCAAUAUUCUCCGUAAUUUCUAGAUAAUUUCAAUAUAACUAGGUUAUAAUAUGUGCUUAAGUGAUUUGGUGGUCAUUUUUAGAUGUUUUAUUACUAUCAUUACAUCUUAAUUUAACACCAAAGUUCAAAUUUUUAAUCAUUUUGGAUUGGCAAUAUAUUUAAUAAAUCUUGUUAUAAAAUAGAGAUAUUAGAGCUAUAGUAUGGUUUACAUUGGCCGCACAAUGUGCUCAAACUGAAAAAGAAAAAAAAAAUUAAGAGUGACCAGUAUCCAUUGAUGUUA